CAAGAACCGACUGAGUUGUCUAGAGACGCUUAUGGAUCCUGAGGUUGCCAUGUCCGAUGCGGAAAAAGGGAAAAGCAUCCUUGAGAGACUGCAGAGGGACAGCUUCUUUGCUGAUCAGUGCUGGGAUGCUAGCCAUGUGCACACUCUUGGUCAAAUGACGUUUGUCCGGGACACUAUGCUGAGCUUGCAGAGAACCCCCGAUGCUGUCCAAUCCCUGGCGCAACAGCACAAGGACUCCAUUCAAGUGCUGUCAACUGUGGCCCAGGCUGUUACAAAAGAAUGUGUGGAGUGGAAAGCCAAUGUUACCGCAUUGGCCAAAGCCCGUGAUGCAGAGGAGAAGGCGCUUCAAGCCCAGCUCAAAAAACAAGCCGACAAAGAGAAAAGGGAAGCUUUGCGAGAGGAGCAGAAGCUGGCAAAGGCAAAGGCGAAGCAGAUUGAGAAGGAGAAGAAAGCUGCUGCCGCAGAAGCAAGGAAAGCGGCCCAGGCCCAGACACCUCCAAAUCCUGAAGAGCCUCAGCCGCAGGAUCCAAGAAGGAGGCGGAAGCGCGUUGAUGCGGAAAUCGGAGAGCAGGACCCCACACUUGUGCAAGCGGUUGCAGACAAAACGUGGCCGUCUUCUUGUGAAUUGGCACUUCAUGAGAGUCCGGAGAAGUUGGCCCAAUUCAUCGCCGCAUCUGCUGGAAUGGUUGCAGGAGUGGCACGCUGCAGAAAAACAGCCUUGAAGAAAGUGAUGGAGGCAAGUCCUGGGUUUGCAGCUGACAGCAUCACGUCCGUUGCCAAGUUCUUGGCCAAAGAGAUCACCAAGUUUGGUGCUGAUUUUGCAUCAAAGCUUGAGGCAGGAGGUGUGGUCGAGAGGCAGUCCAGGGUGGUGGAAGCCCCGCCUUAUGUCUUGGGCAUGGAUGCAGUGAUUCAACAUGAAUGUGACAGUCAAGAGCAAGUGUCCCUCCAAUUUAUGGAUCGGGAUGCUCUCCUGAACCAGCUUCGCAGCCACCCUUCUUGUCCGCAAGAUGCAGAUGCCUUCCAGAAACUUCACAGCAAGUUCACUGGUGUAUCCAUUUGUGGCUCCAAGCAGGGAAGUUACUUUGCAGGUUUUGCCCCCUGUGGAAUGCCAGCUGUCUACUACCAGAUGGCAGGAGAGAGGACCAUUGCUGUCAUCGACAUUGCUGAAGCAGAACAAUGGUGCCGGGACUCCGCGUGCGAGUCUUUGGAGACAAUUGAGCAACAGCAGGCUGCCCAGUCUGAGCCCAUCUCUGUCAAGCAAAUCGUUGAUUUUGUCACCCACCACUGGACUGGUGACUUACCAUCAUUGGCUUCAUUGAAAGGUGGAAAGCUUCUGGUGGGGGACGUUCUCUUUGUACCUGCUUGCUCCCUUCUGGUGGAGAAGUCGACCAAGACCCACAACAUCUACGUGAGGGCUCUGGGUAGCUGUGUCAACAGCAGAUGCGAGCGACUGUUUGAGUCCUACAUGAGUGUCCACAAAACGGACUUGAUCGCAGAAGUUGUGUCCGCCCAUGUCCGGAAUUUGAGCUUUGCUUCGCCAGUCCGCUUGGAGGAUGCAGGUUCUGCGGCUCUUGGCUUCGCCAGAAAGCCUGAGCCUCCUCAGCCUGUGCCUGAGCGUCCAUGUCCACCUGCACCCUUGCCCGAUGCACAUGAACCUCUUCAAGCGCCAAAGACAGAAGAGUUGGAUGUUGAGGUGUUUGCCGGUUAUGACAGGGAAAAGCUACAUGCAUAUUUUGAAGAGCAUCUUGAGCAAGAGGAAGAAUGGGAGGAGCAUGUUGCAUUUGCCAGACGGACCAAUCUCUUUGACCUUUUCAUCCAAAAGCAGAUCAGUGAGGGCGCCGAAACCGAUUUCAAGGAAGUGUGGUGUGAUGCUGAAGUCUCAGACCCGAUUGAAGAUAUCGUUGCCUGGUAUGAGUUUCUUGGGUCAGAGCAAGCAAAGCAUGGUUCUGUCGCAGGGGCCAUAGAGGCCAUGAAGGCUGAACAGCAAAUGAUGGCUUGCCCAGUGGUCGAACAACCCAAGAGCAAAGCAAAGGUUGUCAAGAAGAGAGUGAUCGUGCCUCCUGGGUGGGACCAGAAGAUUGUGCAGGCUAAAGAAGCUGGGCUUCUCUUUGAUACUUCUUCCUGGAAGGAGUUGUCUGAACGCACAGAGGUUCUAGAAGAAGAAGAGAGAGCCAAGAAGGCUGCCAAGAUGGCUGACGAGGCUGUCCCAGAUCCUGAUGCCCUGACUAUGGCCCCCAUCUCUCAGGUCAAGACAGACGCCUUGUUUGGCAGGAAUCCUGAACAUUCUGGUGAGCCAACUUCCGUGCCAACGCCGGAAGUCACUCCUGCCGCUGUUCAG